AUGGACGAGCCUGCAGAUCUAUCGUCGUCGUGUACGCUGUCUGAAUUGGUGGACGUCGAUGUCUCUGCCAUCAGUCACGAACGACUCAAAGACCUUACGGGCGAAGUCUUGAACACGGUGCUGGACAAAGACAGCGUGUUGGGAGACCUGCCGAACAACGUGACGUUGGGAGAAGUCGAUUUACAAAUCGCGAUUGAACACGGUAGAGCGAUAACCGUACAGAAGAAUGGAGCAAAAGUGGCUGACUUGAAAAAGAGCAUAGAAAGAAAAAUGACAUUACAUUUAAAAAGAGCUGGCGAGAGAUCAACCAUCAGCUGGAGAAGAAUAUGGAAAACUUAUUGGUUAAGUUGUAAUGGGAAAAAAAUUAAGUGUAAUUAUGAUUCCAUAUCCAAGUACAUGGAAAACAACUCAAAACUUAUGUUUGUAAAACGAUUUAGAGAAAAAAACAUUCACGAUCAAUAA